AUGGUUCCGCUGGCCCGAGAGGCGCCCUUGGCAGUGAAGCCUCCCGAUGCCAAGAGCGUCCUCCCUUCCGCUCCGUCACCCAAUUCGAACCUCACGCCGCCCCUAACACCCGUCGAGGAGGAUUCCAAGAUACCCACCUUAGGCAGCGUUCAGUCGCAGGUAUCACCGCUCUGGGCUGCACAGCUUGAUGGACCGAGCGAGUGUUCUCUCACCCUUCAAUAUCGUUGCGGCCAGGACGGCAAGUUGAUAGAGUACGGCAGAGGCGCCUGGAGCAGCGUGUACAGCGCCAUCAGCAUCGAUCAUGCACUCUCCCUCAAUGCAUCUCCACCCCGGACUCCUACUCGCGGGUCCUCAGCCUCCUCUCCUAAGCUGGGCCCUUUGAGCAGCAGCAGCAUCAACAACAACACCGUGUACGCCGUCAAGGUGGCGUCUGGUCGUGAAUCAUACGAUGCCAUCUCGGCAGAAGCAGAUAUCUUGACCUAUAUACACCUGCCCUUUCACGGCUAUGUUCCCUCUGCGCACGCCAUCGUUAUGACUGCCAUCCCCCUCUCAUUUGCAUCUUAUAUCAGAACCCGCGCUAGAGAAGCGGCUGCUGCUUUUAGCACGAGGACAAUGCUCAAACCCGUCCUAGGGAUGGUGACGUGGCUCUCCUUUGCCUCCAAGCUGGUCGAGGGAAUGAGGUGGCUCCAUGAGGCCGGCGUGGUCCAUGGGGAUAUUAAGCCCCAGAACAUCUUGCUUCGUCCGCGCAUUCCUACCAUCGGCAGCAAUACCGCUACUACGACCACUACCUCAAGCAGUGCCGCCAUUGAUGACACAGGAGUAGAUUCAUUUGACCUGCUCUUCAUAGACUUUACAUCUUCACUCUACUCCCGUGGCAGCAACAUGGCCCUGAACUCAACGGCCGGCGCUCGACUAGCAACAAGUAUACCGUUCACAGCUCCAGAACUUCUAUCAGUCAGCUCUAUGGCCGCCGCGCCAAAUCCAGAACCCUCGUCUGAUAUCUUUUCGUUGGCUCUCACUCUAGUUGCCGCUGCAAUAGGCUACGUGGACGUCUACCCUGGCCUAGAGAGACACAGGGGUAUCGCCAUCGCACAGGACGGCCAUCGAGUAAUCGAGUUUGUCCGUUCUGGGGACCAGGGAACCAGGAUCCCGCGCAAAGGCGCCGUGGAGAAGGUUAUUUCUCCUGCUGUGUUGAAAGAAGCGGAGAGAAGGGUUAGUGCAGAGCAGUGGUUGGCGAUUAUCAGGGGUGAGAUUGCGGCUUUCGACUUAAAAUGA